AUGAGCUACAAAGGCAUCUACAGACCCAUACUGGGGCAAAAAAAAUAUCCUUGUCCUUCCUGUAGCCGUGUCUUCAUGCGGAGUGAUCAUCUGACCAAGCACAUGAAGACCCAUGAAGGUGAAACCCGGGGAACCUCAGAGACAGCUGUCAAGACCAAGAGAGAGCCAGAUGAGAGCACUAGUAGCCAUUCUUGA